UUUUUUUCUUUCAGCUUGUCAAGAUAAAUACCAGUUGUGUAAAAAGUGGUCAGCAAGAGGAGAAUGUAAAGCUAACGAAGCAUGGAUGAAGAAGAAUUGUCCAAGAAGCUGUGUUUGUGGGCCUUUUGCAAACAAUGUAAUCACCUCCAAAGAAUGUAAAGACUCCAAUACGGUUCAAUGUCCAUUGUGGGCGAAGCGUGGAGAAUGCGAAAAGAACAAAAUCUAUAUGCAUAAAAAUUGUGCAAAGAGCUGCAAAAUCUGCAAAGUGUGUGCUGACAACAACCGAAAGUGCAGUAAGUGGGCUGAGAUUGGCGAAUGUAAAGCUAACCCGGCCUACAUGCAUGUCAACUGCAAGAAAAGCUGCAACAAGUGCGAUGCGUAGUGAUAUGCAAUAAAUAUAUGUAUUUUUGAUGAUUUUUAUCAAGUUAAAUAAUUUACAGCUUGCGUGAUCCCACGACAGCAGCCAUCUUGGAUGGGUAGCAAAUGACUGAAUAUCUUUUUGUAUACAGUCAAUUCAAAAUGCGUUUUAAUUGAACGGCUCAAUACUGCCCACUCGCCAGCAAAGGGUCCGUCACGUAAACCCGAGGUGUAUCUACUGAAUCACAUAAGAUUAUGCAGUCAACUGCUUUAGUGAUUUAUACCCAUAGUUCCUUGCGGUCCAGUCACGUGGACUUGAGUUGGUCUUUCUUAUGCAAAAUGGCACAUUGUAUUGCUUCUGCCUUUAUAAUUACGUAUAUCUGUUGGCACGUGUUUCGUUCAAUUUCCUUCUUAACUUAACUAAUUAAUUAUUAUUAAGUAUCUGAUUUAUGUAUAAAGCAUUUCUAGGGCCAUGACGUUUCGAUGCAUUCUAUGUAAUUUCUCUCGUUUUUAAGAUUAAAAUGGUUUAUUAAAUUGAA